AUUUAAGUCGGGCAUUGACGAGACGUGGAAAGUUAUUGGGCUAUAUUUUUUUUAACGUCUCCCGCCUCUCGAGGUUCAUCAUCUUUUGCUUUCUCAAACUCUCUCACUCUCCACUCUCCGCUCUCUCAGCUUUUUCUCCAAAAACCAGUGGGUAAAUAUCAAAGGUUUAAUCAACGUUGAUGUUAUUUAGGCAUGUCCUGUUCAUGCAGUGAUGGUACUCACACUAUCAAUCGUGCAAUCAUGUGGCCUGUGCUACUAUGGGAAAGGAUUGAGAAGCGCAAUUGUUUUUGAAGCUGAGAGAGGAUACCGGAAUGCUUUGGGUAGAAAAAUGAGGUUUAAUAAAUUUGUCCUCUCUAAAAUAUCAAAACUAUGUUCUCGACAAAAGCAUGAAUUAGCGGGACAUCUAUUGGCGGAACUAGCAAGAAUAAGAAUCGCAGAUAGAUCAAAAUAUCUUGAAAAGGUAUCUGCUAUGAUGGAUUAUGAUAGUCUUCAUGAUUCAAUUGAUAAUGGAAGUGCUAAAAAGCAAACUGGUAUGAAUCAUAAAGAUGCAAAGGAUGAAGUCGAUGUUUCCUUGGCAUGUAAAAGGUUUCCAUCCAUCAUCUUGGGUAGGUCUCCUAAGGUAGAAUUGUAUAAUGAGACCGCACAUUGCUCUGAGAUGAGUAAUCCUUUAGCUGCCCAAAAUUGUGAAGGAUUUGUCCCUAAUCUUGUUGAUGCGGAGUGGGUUCAAGAGGGUUCUAGUGAAACAUGGCGUUUGCUGUCUGGCAGUCUGAUUGUAACAACUUCAUCAAAAGGAGAAAAGGACUCUCGUAAGCCUUUAUCUCCUCCGCCUAUGGCUUUAGAAACUUUACAAAAAUCAGAUGAUCUAGUCUCUGGGGAGGAAUCUUCUAACAAAGUGGGGCCUGAAUCACCAGUAAAUGCUGCCUCCAUUGAGUCAUUUCUUAACAGUUCUAUCAAUUGCAUACCUGGAUUAAGUAAGAGGCACUGUGGUCAGCUGGAUAACUGUGGUUUUCACACGUUGCGGAAAUUGCUGCAUCAUUUUCCUCGAACUUAUGCUGAUUUACAGAAUGCACAGACUGGAAUUGAUGAUGGACAAUACCUAAUUUUCAUUGGAAAAAUUUUAUCUUCAAGGGGAAUAAGAGCUAGUUAUUCUUUUUCAUUUCUUGAGGUGGUUGUAGGCUGUGAGAUUGCAGAAAAUCAAUCAAAUCCUGAGCAUACAGCUGAUGAUGUUGGUAGUAAGGAAAAGAAGACAAUUUAUUUGCAUCUGAAGAAAUUUUUUCGUGGUAGUCGUUUUACUUUUCAGCCUUUUCUUAAAAGUAUUGAAGCGAAGCAUAAAGAGGGAGAGAUUGUUUGCGUUAGUGGUAAGGUGAGGUCUAUGCGUUCUGAAGGUCAUUUUGAAAUGAGAGAAUACAAUAUUGAUGUGAUACAAGAAGAACAAGAUUCGUCUUUUCAGGCAAAAGGGAGGCCAUAUCCCAUAUACCCCUCAAAAGGAGGCAUAAAUCCAAUUUUUCUAAGAGACACUAUUGCAAGAGCUUUACAAGCCUUGCCUGUCAAUAUUGAUCCUAUUCCUAAAGAUAUUACUCAGGACUUCAAACUGUUAACCCUUCAUGAUGCAUAUAUUGGGAUUCACCAACCGAAGAAUAUAAAUGAGGCUGAUUUGGCACGCAAAAGGCUUAUAUUUGAUGAGUUCUUUUAUUUGCAGUUGGGACGCUUAUACCAAAUGCUUGAAGGUCUUGGUACAAAAAUAGAGAAAGAUGGCUUGCUGGAUAGGUAUAGAAAACCUGAAUUAAAUUCUGUUUAUAUGGAAGAAUGGUCCAGUCUCACCAAGAAGUUUUUGAAGGCUCUUCCGUAUUCACUUACUUCUAGUCAGUUAAAUGCUGUUUCAGAAAUUAUUUGGGAUCUAAAGCGGCCAAUCCCUAUGAACCGGCUGUUGCAGGGUGACGUUGGAUGUGGGAAAACUGUGGUAGCUUUUUUGGCAUGCAUGGAAGUUAUUGGCUCUGGAUAUCAGGGAGCUUUCAUGGUUCCAUCUGAGUUGCUUGCUAUCCAGCAUUAUGAACACUUGCUUAAUCUACUCGAGAAAAUGGAGGAGGUAGAAUGUAAACCUUCAGUAGCGCUGCUCACUGGCUCUACCCCAUCAAAACAAUCACGGAUGAUUCGUGAGGGUCUUCAAACUGGAAAUAUCUCAUUGGUCAUUGGUACCCACAGUCUAAUAGCUGAAAAAGUGGAGUUCUCUGCUUUACGCAUUGCAGUGGUGGAUGAACAACAUCGCUUUGGUGUGAUCCAGAGAGGAAGGUUUAACAGUAAGUUAUAUUAUAACUCUGAAAGUUCAAGAAUGGGAGCUAAUAACUUAGAUGGGCCCUCAAAAGGUGAUGAAUAUAUGGCACCCCAUGUUCUUGCCAUGUCAGCCACUCCUAUCCCUAGGACACUUGCUCUGGCUUUAUAUGGGGAUAUGUCCCUGACACAAAUAACUGACCUACCUCCUGGAAGAAUACCAGUUGAAACUUUCAUUAUCGAAGGAAAUGACGAUGGCUUUGAGAAUGUGUACAAGAUGAUGCUGGAUGAAUUAGAAGUAGAAGGGAAAGUGUAUCUUGUGUAUCCAGUCAUUGAACCAUCUGAACAGCUGCCCCAGCUUCGUGCUGCGUCUGCAGAUCUUGAAGUUAUAUCUCAUAGGUUUCAGGGAUACAGCUGUGGGUUGUUACAUGGAAAAAUGAAGAGUGAUGAGAAAGAGGAAGCAUUGAGACGGUUCAGAUCUGGAGAAACACGUAUACUACUUUCCACACAAGUAAUUGAGAUUGGUGUUGAUGUUCCAGACGCAUCUAUGAUGGUUGUCAUGAAUGCUGAAAGGUUCGGUAUAGCUCAGCUUCAUCAACUUAGAGGACGAGUUGGACGUGGAGAGAGAAAGUCUAAGUGUAUAUUGUUAGCAUCUACCACCAGUGGCCUAAACCGGUUGAAGGUUCUAGGGAAAUCGUCAGAUGGUUUUUACUUGGCAAAUGUGGACCUCCUUUUACGUGGACCUGGUGAUUUGCUUGGUAAGAAACAGUCAGGUCAUCUUCCAGAGUUCCCCAUUGCCCGAUUGGAAAUAGAUGGGAAUAUUUUACAAGAUGCACAUCUUGCUGCACUGAAAAUUUUAGGUGCUUCUCAUGAUUUGGAACAAUUCCCCACACUCAAAGCAGAGCUUAGUAUGAGACAGCCUCUUUGUCUUCUGGGUGAUUGAAUCGUAAAAUUUUGCAAAUUUGUCUAGUCCAUGCUGAAGAUGUUUCACGGUAUGUUGGCCUCUUUUUUUGAAAUUAUAAUUGCGUCUGCAGCUGUAUGUUUUGUAUGAUAUGGUUAUUCUACAAGCUUGAUGCUUCCAUGUAAAGCACUGUAAUGAUGGUUUUCAUACCAUCUUUAGUAUUAUACUAUUCGGUUUUUUCCUUUUCUAUUUCCUUUUUAUUUUUUUUUCUAGUUGUACAAGAACUCAACUCUCUCAGUUGGAAAAUAUGUGCAAUUGGAAGUUACUUCGAUCUUGUAAAGGAAAACUAUUUGAAAUUUGUAAGGGUCAUGAAAUUCUUAUCUUUGCUUA